ACGGGCGAAAGGGAAGCCCCUGAGCACAGACACUGAGGGGCUCGGGAGAUGAACGUGCAGCUACUCCGCCCACCAUCCUGCAGCAGGUGAGCCCAUGACCCCACAGGAACUGCUCUGACUCACGGACAGCCUCCCCUGGAGCACUGGGCACUCUGGGGACAGUGGCUCUGGUGUCAUCCCUAAUGGGUCACAGAGUGAGGAAGAGCGAGGGGGCAGGAGCACAGUCACCCCUCUCACUCACUCACUUUAAACCUCAGGCAGAAAACAGGAAGCAGAGGGGGGCAGGCAAAGCACGGGGGCCUCCCAGGGUGACACCUGACUGGCAUCGGGGCACCGCGGCCACCAUUUCCCAAGCGCCCUUGGCAGCGGGAGAGCGGCGAGGCCUCGGGUGGGGUGGGCGUCCCGACUCACUUCCUGGCCAGGUAGCCCCUGCAGCAGGCCUGGAAGCCGAUGAUGACGUCCGUGAUCUUCAGGUCCCGCUCCUCCUCCAGGUGGGCCAGCACGCCCGCCCGGAAGAAGACCUUGCUCUGGCCGAUGCGGUACAGGUUGCUGUCGAGCUCCAGGGCUUUGAUCUGGAUGGAGGAGAGCCAGCCACUUACCGCGUGCCACCCCCGCCGCCAUGGAGCCCCAGAGCAAGGCCACGGCCAGGGGCGGGCCCGGAGCCAUGGGCCAUCUCUCUGCUCAGCGGGCAGCCUUCCCCGGAUGCAGAGAAAGCCGGCUGGGGGAGGCAGGGGUGGGCGGGGACACUGGAAGGGGGCAAGCCGGGGGUGGGGGGCAGCCCGGGGCAGGGUAACGAGUCAGACGGGCAGGGAAACACAGAACCUGGCACUGGAGGGGCCUUGCCUAUGGGUGUCUCUUUGCAUGUGCGUUUCUAAAAAGGUGGAAGUGGAACUGGGGCUCAGAUGGCAUCACCUUAAGGAACUAGAGAAACAGGUUUUAUUAACACAGGCAAAGAGCAGCUUCUGCAGCCUCAGGAGCCAGCAAAGCUAAGCAGGGGAGACUGAGCAGCUCCAGGCCAGGAGCACAGGUGGCCUGGGAGCAGCGCUGGGAAAGUGCCAGUCUCCUCACCCUUCAUCACGACCAGCACGGGAGACUGGGCCCAGCCGAGCUGGUCACACAUCCCAGUGUAACCAGCUGCUAGAGACUCUGCAAGCAACUCAGCGUGCUGAGAAAAACCAGCUCAGUCUGAGCCCGGACGCUGCAGACCAGGACACCCCUGUCCAGUGAGGUUUGGCCCCGGGAGGAAGCCAGCUAGAGGGCCGACUUUGCCAUCGAGGCCUUGGCCAAGGCCACCUACGAGCGCAUGUUCCGCUGGCUGGUCCUGCGCAUCAACAAGGCUCUGGACAAGACCAAGAGGCAGGGCGCCUCGUUCAUCGGCAUCCUGGACAUCGCCGGCUUCGAGAUCUUCGAUGUGAGCGCCUCCCUCGGGCCCCUCGCGCCCCCUCGGCCCCCGGGCCGCUUCUCCUUGGGCUGGGGUCCUCUCCUGCAGCCCCACAGCCCCCCAGGCCGGCCCCUCCUUCCCGUGUGGACACAGGAGACGUUGGUUUGGCGUAUUUUCAGCUUAAACAAGAUGCCCUUUCCCAGCCAGAAGUGCUGGCGAGACUGGCACCUUCUGGACGGCGCUCCAGGAGGCCUCAGGGCAGGGGCUCUCUGUUGAUUUACUCUCUUUUUAGUCUCAAAUAUUUAUCGGGUGUUGGGACAAGACAUUGUCCUGCCCCCAAAGACUUCGAGGUCAGGUAGGAAAACUGAUGACUACGGAAGGGGAGAGGUUCUCAACUUGGGGUCCAUGGUCAAUUUCAGAGGAACCAUGAACUUGGGUGGGGGAAACGAACCUCUUUCUUUGCUGGGAACCUCCCUGAAAUGCAGGCAGUUUUGUCGGCUGUGGCCUGAGCAGGGUAUGCGAACCACAGCUGCAGUAGCAGUGCCUGUGAUCUGCCUCCAGAAGAAAUCAGACAUUUUCACAUCCCAGGAGUUGUUGCCGAGGUGUUGUCAUGCCCAUUUAUGUUCAUCUCUACUUAAAAGUUCUCGAGUUAUUAAACCCACGGCUUGUGCUUGUUAAUGAAGAAGCACCAUGGGAGUUCCCUGGUGGCUCAGUGGGUUAAGGACCUGUUGUCACAGCUGUGGCAUGGGUUCCAUCCCUGCAUGGGGAACUUUCAUAUGCCUCAGGUAUGGCCAAAAAAAAAAAACACCAUGUGUUCCUAUGUUACAGGAUUUUUUUUUUUUUUUUGGUCUUUUUGUCUUUAUACAGCCAUACCCACAGCAUAUGGAGGUUCCCAGGCUAGGGGUCUAAUAGGUGCUGUAGCCACCGGCCUACAACCACCGCAAUGCCAGAUCUGAGCCUCAUCUGUGACCUACACCACAGCUUACAGCAACACUGGAUCCUUAACCCACCGAGCAAGGCCAGGGAUCGAACCCAAAACCUCAUGGUUCCUAGUCAGAUUCGUUUCCACUGAGCCACAAUGGGAACUCCACAGGAUUUUUGAUAAUUAGUCUCGACCUCUCUCUUUUGGAAUCUAUUUCAUCUUUUUUUUUUUUUUUUGUCUUUUUGCCUUUUCUAGGGCCUCUUCCCACAGCAUAUGGAGGUUCCCAGGCUAGGGGUCUAAUCGGAGCUGUAGCCGCCGGCCUAUGCCAGAGUCACAGAAAGGAGGGAUCCGAGCCAUGCAACCUACACCACAGCUCAUGCCGGAUCCUUAACCCACUGAGCAAGGCCAGGGAUUAAACCCACAACCUCAUGGUUCCUAGUUGGAUUUGUUAACCACUGUGCCACAACAGGAGCUCCCUAUUUCAUCAUUUUUAAACAUCAUUCUAAUAUAAAGGGCUUUCACAAACUGCUGGAGAGGGGAGAGGUCCCUGAGCUCAGCGGUGCAGCCCCUGCACAGCCAAUCCCCAUAAUGCCUGUGUCUGCUCUCUGGUCCUGAAACUCAGUGCACGGAAGGGCCCUGGGCUCUGGGGCGCUUUCUCUUCCUCAGGAGGCUGGUCCUGAGUGUCACCCCUCUCCCCAGAGUGGUGCAGACCUGGGCAUGUGGGGCGGGGUUCGAGAGGGUCUGCAGGACCUGGCACCUGCUGAGGGCAGCCUCUGGGUUGCGGGUCAGGGGUCUACACGGCCCCUCAGGCCCACCAGGUGAUCCCCAGCGCACUAACUGGAGAUCCCUGGGAUGGAUCAUUGGGCGAAGGUGUGUCGGCCAUAGCCCAGAGCCCCAGAGGUUUCCUUUUAAACCGGAAUGCAAUUAAAACUGAGUGCUUUCAGUGAUGCUCCUUAUUUAUUUCCCCUGUGGGGGAAGCACCGCCCACCUUCUGGGAGUUGGCGGAAGUGGGCGGUUCCCUUGUCGAGCUCCCUGCUGGGACGCUGUGCUUCCUCCAGGCAGGCGCCCCUGGCAUCCUGGCCCUGCUGGACGAGGAGUGCUGGUUCCCCAAAGCCACGGACAAGAGCUUCGUGGAGAAGGUGAUGCAGGAGCAGGGCACCCACCCCAAGUUCCAGAAGCCCAAGCAGCUGAAUCAUCCGCUAUGCAUCUUCCACUAUGCCCGCAAGGUUUUCUGGUUGCCAGCACCCUGCCUUUCCUACAAGAUUCCUCCACCUGGAGAGAAGAUCUGUUGUCAAGUGGAAACAAACCUGGGUAGAAAAGCGCACUCAGCCCUUCUCACAAGCUUCUGCAUCCAUCCAAAUGGCAUUGACCGCCAAGGCUGGGCCUCCUCGGGCAGGUCGCUGGGACCUGAAAGUACUGGUGCUGUCCCUGCCAUCAGGGAACAAGUCUAGAGGGACCUGACCGAAGGAGUGGAGGCCCCUCUCGCAGAUUCCAUGGCAGCAGAGCGGGGGACAAUGGACUCCACAGGGGAGGGUCGCGGAGGGCUUCUCAGAGGAGGCGAUGUCAGCUUUGGGCUUUGGAAGAUGAGCAUGAUUUUUCCAGGUGGUAGGAGCAGGUGUUCCUGGCAGAGAACCAGUGUGAGCAAAUGCCUAGAACUGGCAUGGGCGUGACAUUGAGCAGCCACAAUAUGAUAAGUAUGCAGUGAGCAUCUGGUAUAUUCUGGGACUGUGCCAAGUGCUUAUGGCACAAAGGUGAGUAAGGGAGGCAGACUGAGCUGAGCUAAGGACACCCUGGAAUGUCAGGGCUGGGGUUGUUCUCUAAGGAGUCAGCAGGGCAGAUGGGAAUAGCCCAGGGUGGGGCCUGGUGGGCGGGCAGAGUGUUUGUUUGACCUGAGCGACUCAGAAGAGAGCACUUUCAUUUUCUCUUUCGAUUCUUCAGCUCUAUCUGGGCCCAGAGGGUGUGUCUGGUUAUUGCAGAGCCGCACAGCUGGGGACCAGAUCCUCACGGUGAGAGGAGCUGCUUUGUGUUCACCCUCAGCCCAAGGAAGACUCCUGGGGUGAAGCCACACCUCCGUUCCAGCCUGACCCAGACGGAGCGGAAGGGAGAUCCCUGAGACCCUGCAGCUGCCACCAUGAGCUCAGAUGACCCGAGGGACCACUCAGAGAGUGAAAGCUUUUUGGAGGAGGUCACUGAGUAUUUUCGGAACACAGUGAGUAGGGAAGAACUGCAGCUCCUGCUCACUGAAGGCAAAGCCUGGGAGAAAUUUGUGACUGAGGCUGAUUUGUCCAGGGAAGAGGCAGAUGCACUGCGUGAGUAUCUGAAGGAGCUGGAAACAGACUUGGCCUUGGAGGACAAAGACUCCCUCCUACAAGACCAGCUGGAGAGAACGAGGUUUUUGCAGGAGUUUCCCCGAGUGAAACUGGAGAUCGAGGCGCAAAUAGGAAAGCUGCAUGCGCUUGCGGCCAAGGUUGACAAGGUGCACAGGGACUGCACCAUCUCCAACGUGGUGGCCACCUCCACCGGUGCUGCGUCUGGCAUCCUGACCGUUCUUGGUCUGGCUCUGGCACCCGUGACAGCAGGGUUCAGUCUGGCACUCUCUGCCACUGGGUUAGGGCUGGGAGUAGCGGCUUCUGUGACUGGUGUGUCCGCCAGCAUUGUGGACAAGGUCAACAGUUCAUUAGCAGAAAGAGAAGCCAGUCGCCUCAUGUCCACCAGCUUCAACAAAGCGGAGGUGAUUUCAGAGUCUCUGGGCAAGAGCACACCCCAAAUUGUGUCCUUAACAAAGAAUUUCAUCCAAGGCUUGCCACGCAUUGGGAAGAAUAUCCGGGCCAUCAAGCUGGCCAAAGCCAACCCUCGCUUAGCAGCCAAUGCCAAGCGCUUCAUGACCGCUGGGCAAGUCUCAGUUCGAAACAGAAGGCUGGUGAAGAAAACGUUUGAAGGGACAGUUCUGGCAAUGACCAAAAAUGCCCGGAUCAUCGGUAUGGCUACUGCAGGUGUUGCCCUUCUGAUGGACGUGGGCUUCCUGGUGAAAGAGUCAAUCCACUUGCAGCAGGGGGCAAAGGCAGAGUCAGCAGAAAGGCUGAGACAGCAGGCCCAGGAGCUGGAGAAGAAGCUGGAGGAGCUUACCAGGAUCUAUGAGAAUCUGCAGUAAGGCCUGACUCCGCCACCCCCAGAGCAGUGCAGAGACACGUCCGGGGCCAACACGCAGUGGUACCUUGGAGGCAAAGAGACGUGGACAUAAAAUGAUAAAAGUGGGGAAGCUGAGCUGGUCUCUCUGACUCUUCUUUUGGUCUAUUUUCUGGACUAUGCCGUUUCCCCAGAAGAUGAGAAAUCUGAAACCCUUGAAAAUUCAAAAGAUGUCAUUUUCUUCCCUGAAAUUCUUCCUCUUGGCUUGAUGAGUCACAAAACUUCAAGCACCAUUGUUGAAAAAUUAUUUCAAAAAAGUAUAGAAUAAAUGUCAUCUUUUCCGUUUUGUCUUUCAA